UUCUCAGUAAAUUUUAUCGACAGUUCGCAUCAACUCUACACAACGAUUUUUUUCGGGUUUUAUCGCUCUUUUCUGUUUAUGGUUCGUGUGGUACCGCUUUGAUACUUUCACGAUGAAGCUCAACGUUUCAUAUCCGGCCGCAGGGUCGCAGAAACUGUUUGAAAUAACUGAUGAACACAAACUCCGAGUUUUCUAUGAAAAACGUAUGGGAGCUGAAAUAGAGGCCGAUUCUCUAGGUGAUGAAUGGGCAGGAUACGUUGUACGUAUCUCAGGUGGUAACGAUAAGCAAGGAUUUCCUAUGAAACAGGGAGUUCUCACGAAUGGACGUGUACGUUUAUUACUAUCGAAAGGACAUUCUUGCUACAGACCUCGUCGAGAUGGUGAACGUAAACGAAAGUCAGUUCGUGGAUGCAUUGUUGAUGCUAAUCUUUCAGUAUUGGCACUUGUUAUUGUGAAGAAGGGUCAACAGGAAAUUCCUGGACUCACAGACAAAAUGUUACCACGUCGCUUGGGACCUAAAAGAGCUGGACAUAUUCGUAAAUUGUUCAAUCUUACAAAAGAAGAUAAUUUACGUGAAUUUGUAAUUAAACGUCCAGUUCAAAAAGAAGGAAAGAAAGAAAGAUUUAAGGCUCCUAAAAUUCAACGUCUCAUUACUCCAAUUACUCUUCAGCGCAAAAGACAUAGAAUCGCUUUGAAGAAGAGGCGUUGUUUAGCUCGCAAAGAACAAUCAGCAGAGUAUGCUAAACUUUUAGCUCAAAGACAAAAGGAAGCUAAAGCAAGACGUGCUGAAGAAAUCAAGCGGAAACGUAGUGCUUCGAUGCGGGAUUCUAAAUCAUCGAGCCAAUCCGCCCCGACUGCCGCAAAAUAAUUCAAGCACAGUCAUGCAUUAAAUUUAUAAAAAUUAAUAAAAACUUCUAUAAAAGUAA